ACCUUACUGGAGUGCGCGGAGUCUCAAACAGCAUGGCAAAGACGUCCGGUGACAAAUAAAAAAGCUCACUGCAACACAUUUAUCAUCAAGUUUAAUUAAGUAAAUGUGCGCAUACUUUUCGCAAAGGAUCGCGAGCUCAAAGUUUGAUGAAGAAGAUUCUCGCAUUAGAAAGAGUGAGAUGGUAUCCAGCGAGCUGUAUCUGCCAGAGGAAGACGACGACUCUGCGAGUAAUAUGAAGGAGAUGAUCGGAGGCUGCUGCGUCUGCUCGGAUGAGAGAGGCUGGGCCGAAAACCCUCUAGUCUACUGCGACGGUCACGGCUGUAACGUUGCCGUUCACCAAGCCUGCUAUGGAAUUGUCCAAGUCCCCACAGGCCCCUGGUUCUGCAGGAAAUGUGAAUCACAGGAACGUGCUGCCAGGGUGAUUAAAGGGUGGAGGGGGAGAAAGCCAAGCUGGCAGACCCCUGAAGAAGGAGGACUGUCCACCACCUGUAACAAAGAGGAGGAGGACAGCAGACUGAGCAGAAGUUUAAAAACUUUGAACAUAGUGAGGUGCGAGCUGUGUCCCCACAAAGACGGAGCACUGAAACGAACAGAUAAUGGAGGUUGGGCCCAUGUGGUUUGUGCUCUUUACAUCCCAGAAGUUGAGUUCGCCAACGUAUCCACCAUGGAGCCCAUUGUGCUUCAGUCUGUCCCUCAUGAACGUUAUAAUAAGGUUUGUUUCUUGUGUUGGGAACAGGGCCGAGAGAGCAAAGCUGCUACUGGAGCCUGCAUGACAUGCAACAAACAUGGCUGCCGACAAGCCUUUCAUGUUACAUGCGCUCAGUUUGCUGGGUUGUUGUGUGAAGAACAGGGCUCAGAUGCUGAUAAUGUGAAAUACUGUGGAUACUGCAAGUACCAUUACAGCAAACUGAGAAGGAGCAAAGGCCGUGGUAGUAGGGCUCAAAGCUUAAGUGAUUCUUCCAUUCACUCUUUGGAUAAGCACCAUGACAAGGAAAAGAAGAAACAUAAAGAAAGAGAUCGCCACAAACCAAAGCACAAAAAGUCUUUGGAACUGUCACCUUCCUUGGUGCCAGCACUGAUGGUGACCUCUGAGAAGAGCUACAACAGCAGCAGUGGCGGAAGUGUCUCCUCCAUUUCCUCCACUCAGAAGCGUCUGGAUGACAGCGGAGGUCGUUUCACUAAUGCCAACUUCCAGGAAGUUCCGUCUCACUCCAGUUCCAGCUCCAAGGACGGCAGCUCCUCUGAUGGCAAGAGCUCAGAUGGCAAAAGCAAGAAGUCCAGCAGUCACAGCACCAGCUCAAAUUCUGGCUCCAGGGGCCGCAAGUCAGUGCCGGGCAAACCCCACAGCCCUGUGGUCACCACAGCGACAUCAUCCACAGCUCCCUCCUCAACCAGUCCUUUUCAGCAAGGUCUUUUAUUAGGCAACAGCAGCAGUAAAUCAGUCACUAGUGGGUCUGUGGUUCCACCCACAUCUGAUUUCCUCAGCUUCUCUGAUCCCAGCCUAAGAGCCGGUGACUCGUACACACCUCCAUCCUUUAGCCGUUGCCACGUGAAGGGUGGUGCAGAAAGUGCAGCCUCUGAAGGCAUGGUGGCUCUCAACACCUUCAGCAUGAUAACCAUCCCCCAAAGCUCCAGCUCAAGCAAGCAUUACGAAAACUGUCACCCAGCCGGAGAGCUUGGAGGCCUGGCUUCGGCAGGCUACAAAAGACCCCAGCCCUCCUCAUCCUCUUCUUCUGCGACAUCGUCUUCAUCUACUGGCGAGGAUGGUGUGAAGAAGAAGAAGCGAGGGAACUGGAGGAACCGGUAUGGACCGUGCUUCACCACCCAGGACAGUAAAACCACUGAUACGGGAGAGCACGGGUCCACAAUGCCCUCAUCCACUUCCCCCUCGCCAUCCUCUAUGAGCACCAUGGCCUGCCGCGGGAGUGCAGUCAGCAGUACAGGAGGUGGGGGAGCAGUGGGUGCUGGUAGCAGCAGUCUGGGGAUUCAGAAGUCCCCAUCCCUCCUCAGGAAUGGAAACUUACAGGGUAUGACUGUCAGCUCCCCACCUGCUGGACCAGGUUCGUACCCCAGCAGCAGUGAUGUAGCCUGCCCAUUGCCCAGUGCGGUGUUUGGAGGGUCUCUGUCCGGAUCCAACUCUGAGUUACCUGCUCAUCAGUCAGUAGUCACUUCCAUGUCCACUCUCACCUCACUGCCUCCGACCGCCCCGUUCACCAGCACCUCAUCCACACAUUCAAACUCUCUACCGGGAUCCUUUAACCUGGCGCCAACCCAUAUGUUCGGAAACAGGCUGAAUGCGAAUUCUGCCAUGGCUGCACUGAUCGCCCAGUCUGAGGGAUCCCCGGCAGAUCAGGAGCUAGGAGACGGAGCUCUCGGCUUCUCCAGAAGAGGAAACUCACCAAAGACAAACCUCUCCCCUCGGUUUCCGUUAAGUGGGCUUCAUAUCCGGUAUGACUCGUCAGGACCGUUGGUUCCAGGGCUCGGAUCUGGUUCGGAUACAUUGCCACCAGUGGCCACCAGCAUCGACCAGCUGCUGGAACGGCAAUGGAACGAAGGACAGCAGUUCCUCCUACAACAGGGUUCACAAGGAGAUGUUCUGGGAAUGCUGAUCCUGCACCAGCUGCAGGUGGAAAACCGGCGUCUGGAGGAACAAAUCCGAACUCUCACCAUGAAGAAGGAACGAUUGCAGCUCUUGAGCGCUCAGCUCUCUGUGCCUUUCACCCCCGCGAGCACCACGGCCACCACUGCCUCUUCUCCUCUGUACCCCAGCAACACUCAUGCAGACAUGCUGCACAGCAAGAGCAUUCAGCUAGGCAGCAGUGUUUUAACAGAGUCCUCUCAACCCUUGCCCACUCAGGAUCCCCUGUCUGGUGGCCAUAGUAGCGGAAGUAGCACGUCCUCUCUUUCCACCCCUCCGUCUGCGGCCCACAGUCCCCCCCAGCAGCAGAUAAACGGAGUCGGCAUGGCCGGGGUGGCCAUCCAGCCUGGCAAUGCCAACUCGUCCCUGCCUGCUAUAGCCGGGGUGACGGGUCUGAUGGGUGCUCUGCAGGGGAACCACCUGGCCAUGAGUGGCAUCGUGGGUGCCCUAAACGGAGUCAUCCAAACCUCCCCCAGCCUGGCCCAGAAUAGCAGCCCCCUGCCCCAUCACUCUGCAGCUACCAGCGCAUCCCUGCCCAUGUCCAACAGUCUCAGUAACAGCAGCAUGACCACUGCGAAAACCAGUGCAGCAAGACUUUUCAAUGAUCAGCACAGGCAGAUCCUCCUCCAUCAGCACCAACUGCAGCAGCUUUUCAACUCUCAGCAGGCCAUACCGGAACAGCAGAAGGCUCUGCUCUAUCAGUUAAUGCAACAGCAGCAGCAACAACAACAGCAGCAGCAGCAGCAUAAUGACAUACAGCUACAGCAGCUGCCAAUCAACAGCCUCCUGCCUGCCACGCAGCCACCCAUCACCACAAACCCCUUCCUCACCAUGCACAACGACAACAACACUCCUAAAACUGGAGCUGGCACGGCAACUAUCAAACAGACAAAAAGACUGGGAGAGAAGGCUGUGUCUGUGACAGGACAGGAGAAGAGCUGAUGUAGAAAACAACAUUUUGGAGGAGUUCUGUCUUAUGGAGCCCUCUCAUCUGCCCAGAGGCUUGCACCAGAACAUUCACCCCCACACGAAACCCUCACCAGCACCAGCCUUGAUAUAUACACACACUUGCCAGUUUGAUGCCCAUCUGGCAAACAACAUGCUGCAACUGAGUUUAGUAAAUCCCUUGCUGUAAACUUACUGGAUCCCAUGGGGGCCAAAAUACAGGCUCACACACACACAGUCUCUCUCACCCUGCCAGUGUGCUGAAAAUGACACACUGGUGUGAGUCGCUGUGGGCGGAAAGUGUAGAUCAAGGUCUCGGAUGGGGACUGUAAGAUGGAGAUGCUUCUGGAACAGUAUCUGCUCACCAAUGUUACCUCUCUGUACCCCUUUAAAAAGAAACAUGUAACAAUAAUCUCAAUAAAAACUUGUCAUAUUUGUCCGUCUGUGGAUUUAAAGACGUCAGAUAUUUCAAAGCUGAAGCGAUCAGACAUUUGUGCACCACAAAGGCCUUCUCUGCAUCCUGAUCUUGAGCUUCCCCCGCGAGGAGGCGUCCCAAAGGUCCACAAACUGUCUCACUGACCCUGCUGCACUCUUUGAAGAGCAACUACCUCUCAAGCCAGGACACACGGACCAGGCCCUGAACCCAAGUGCCUGGCCCCGAUCUCCAACUUCUCAGCGAGGGGCCGCGCGCUGGAGACGCUGCCAGUCUCUCUGUCUCCUUCCCUUUUUAUUUUUUCCUCCAGUCAUUUUCGGAAAAGAUUUAAUACCAAUCGGCGUCGCUCAGGCAAUACCAGUUCAGAGAGUCCCAGAGAUCUCUGCCUGCACAGUGACUACACUGAAGAAAAAAAAAACUGAUUUUGAAUGUUUGUGCUGCAUUAAUCAUUUUUGAAGCCAACUUUCUAUUAUUCCUUUUUUAUUUAUUUGCAUUUGUUGCAUGUUGGGCACAAGGUGAUAUAUUCUAAUGCUCAACUCGCAAACAUUUUUUAUACUACUGUACAAAAUUCUCACCUUUUUGGAGUCUUGUAAACAUUUUGAUGAACAUGUCUUGUGUUUGAAGUUAUAGAAAAAAGAAAAAAGCCUACUUGAUAAUUUUGUGGUCUUGUAAAUACACCUGUUUUCCCUUUUUCCUUUUGUUGCUAUGUAAAUCUACAGGUGCAUAUUGGAAUAAGAAUAAGCUGUCAGAAUAAAUAAGAUUUUAGUUUAGCACACUUUUACCUCUUUUUUGUUGUAAAUACAUAUUUGUGAUUCACUUAGUGGUGUGAAGGACUGUUUCAAAGCACUGUCGGUGUGUUCAGAUCUUUUCCAACAGGCUUUCCACAAAACUGGUGACUGGAUAAAGUGUAUUAAUUUAUUUUUGUAUGUGCAGGGACUUUUUUUUUUUUUUUUUUUUUGCACUGUUUUAUUGAUGUGGUUUUAUACGUUAUAGAUGUGGUAUGUCCACCUUCUUAUGUAUCUGUACAGAAAUUAUGCAAAAUCUAAAGUUUGUAUUUAAAACAUCAAAAGUGAAACCACGAGUCCUGCUUCAUAUUAAGAAAUUCUGAACACUGAGAUUGUAGUGUUGCGCUUUUUUUUUUCCAGUGAAAUUAAAAUGUUUAUUACAA